UCCUCCUCUGAAGUUACAGGUAUCCACAGACAAGGCGAACAUUUCUUGUACUAGCAUGUCCCUCCGGUUUUCUAGUGGGUCCAGGCGUAUUCACUUACGGUCUGGAAUUGGAUCUGUCAGACCAUCCAAUGGAGGUGCAGGCUUUGCAGGCAGCAAUGCAUGUGGCAGCUCUGUCGCUGGAAGUGGAUUCUCCUGUGCCUUGGGAGGAGGCUUGGGCAGUGUUCCUGGUGGAAACCAUGCUGGUGGUGCUCUUGGUGGUGCUUGUGCUGGCUUUGCUGGAAGCGAAGGGGGACUCCUCUCUGGGAAUGAGAAGGUGACCAUGCAGAAUCUUAAUGACCGCUUGGCAUCCUAUCUGGAUAAUGUACAUGCUCUGGAGGAGGCCAAUGCUGAACUAGAGAGAAAAAUCAAGGGUUGGUAUGAAAAAUAUGGUCCCGGAUCUUGUCGCGGACUUGAUCAUGACUACAGCAGAUAUCACCUAACAAUUGAAGAUCUCAAGAAUAAGAUUAUCUCUUCCACUACUGCUAAUGCUAAUGUCAUUCUGCAGAUUGAUAAUGCUAGACUGGCUGCUGAUGAUUUCCGGCUAAAGUAUGAAAGUGAGCUCGCCCUCCACCAAAACACAGAGGCUGACAUCAAUGGGCUGCGGCGCGUCCUGGAUGAACUGACACUCUGCAGGACCGACCAGGAGCUGCAGUAUGAAUCCCUGAGCGAAGAGAUGACGUAUCUCAGGAAAAACCACGAAGAGGAAAUGAAGGCUCUGCAGUGCGCCGCUGGGGGCAACGUGAACGUGGAGAUGAACGCGGCGCCUGGCGUGGACCUCACGGUUCUGCUGAACAACAUGCGGGCUGAGUACGAGGACCUCGCGGAGCAGAACCGCCGGGAUGCGGAGGCCUGGUUCCAUGAGAAGAGUGCCACUCUGCAGCAGCAGAUCUCCGACGACGCGGGCGCGGCCACCUCGGCCAGGACCGAGCUGACGGAAAUGAAGCGCACCCUGCAGACCCAGGAGAUCGAGCUCCAGUCUCUCCUGGCGAUGAAACACUCCCUGGAGUGCUCCUUGUCGGAGACAGAAGGCAACUACUGUGCGCAGCUGGCCCAGAUCCAGGAUCAGAUCGGGGCCCUGGAGGAGCAGCUGCACCAGGUCCGAACCGAGACUGAGGGCCAGAAGCUGGAGUACGAGCAGCUCCUAGACAUCAAGGUCCACCUGGAAAAGGAAAUCGAGACCUACUGCCACCUGAUAGAUGGGGAUGGAAACUCAUGCUCUAAAUCAAAGGGCUUUGGAUCAGGAAGCUCAGUGAAUUUAUCUAGAGAUUUAUCCAAAACCACACUGGUAAAGACAGUGGUUGAAGAGCUAGAUCAACGUGGUAAAGUCCUUUCAUCGAGGAUUCACUCCGUUGAAGAAAAAACAUCUAAAAUGACCAAUGGGAAGACAGAACAAAGGGUUUCUUUCUAACUGUUGUUUUUGAGAAAAGAGUAAUUUGGGAAAGGAUCCCGCACAGCUUCAUUAUUCUAAAUAUCAAGGAGAUAAUAAAAUACUUUCUUUCUACCCUUAAAGACAAGUUACUUAGCAAAAAUACCUGUUUUCUUAGUUACCUUUUACAGGAAAUGGGGUGUUUGUUUUCAAAUAAAUAAAAAAGUUGUGCAUUUAUUUCCAU